AUGGCUACCCGCAGGAUCGUGUCGACCGAGAAGUCGCUCCUCGAGAAGGACGACAGCAUCGGCGCCAGCCCCGCCGCCCACGAGAAGUCCAGCAUCGCCCCGGCCGUGCCCACAGAUGUCAUCAUGAAGCUGCUGGCCUUCACGCUAGCCAUGAUCGUGGUGCCCAUCGGCUCCUACUUUGCCACGGUGCACACGCUGUUCAAGGGCAACUCGACGUACGCCGGAGCGCUGGCCGCCAUCAUGGCCAACGUGGUGCUCAUCGGCUACGUGAUCGUGGCGUACACCGAGGACCAGUCGGAGCAGCUGGACGAGAAGAAGAAGGAGACCAAGAAGGCUCGUUGA